AUGAAGUUGUCGCAACUCGCUCUCCUGCUGCUACCAGCGUUGGCAACAGCCUACACUGAAGCUGAAUAUGAUGACGGCAAAGUCCACCAGAUGAUCAUGGACAGAAAACAUGCAUCUUGGGCGAAGCACAGAAGCUGGGGUGAAUACAGCAGUAAGAAGUGGAAGUCUUUUCUAAAGCAUCACAAGGACAAGGAUGUCAUCAAGUGCAACCCCAAAGGUCUUGCUGUCGUCGAGCCUGGCAAUCCUCUGGAGACCUUCAGUUGCAAGAAUAUUGACUACUACGACUUCAAGAGCCAUGCUGACCUUGGCUCUUUCGCUGGAGAAGGCUCUUCAUCCUGGGGCUGGGUCUCACCCGAUGGUCGUGAGUUUGUCGCCAUCGGACAAGCAGAUGGUACUGCUUUUGCCGAAAUCAAUAAGAAUGGCAAACUUGUCUACCUUGGUCGCCUGCCCCAGCAAUCUGUCUUCUCCAUCUGGAGGGAGAUUCGAUCGUACAAGAACUACAUGGUCAUCGGAUCCGAAGCUCGCGGUCACGGCAUCCAGUUUUUCGACAUGAACAAACUCCUGAACAUCGACCCAAGAAGUCCCAAGAACUUCAGUAUCACUGCAGAUGUUACUGGUCUUUUUACUGACUUGCCUGUUGGUCGCACCCACAAUGUUGUCAUCAACGAAGAACUCGGCUAUGCUGUAUCCGUCGGUGCCGCUCCUCGCAACAGCACAUGUCGUGCUGGUCUCAUCUUCAUCGACGUCAGCGACAUCACCAAGCCCGUAUCUCCUGGCUGUGCAAGUCAAGACGGCUAUGUUCACGAUGCAGAAUGUCUCGUCUACCGCGGCCCAGACAAGCGCUACUACGGCCGCGAUAUUUGCUACGGCUACAACGAAGACACCCUCACCAUCUACGAUGUGACUGACAAGACUGGCGUCAACGCAUCUCGUAUCAUCUCACGCACUCCCUACGUCGGUGCUUCCUAUACUCAUCAGGGCGCCGUGCUCGACCGCAACUGGCAAGAAUAUAUCGUCCUCGACGACGAGCUCGAUGAAGAAGAUCGCUCCGGCCCCGCCGCCGACCAAUUCCCCGUCACCUACAUCUUCGACAUCCGCAAUCUCGAGAAGCCAGUCAACACAGGCUUCUACAAGUCCAAGCAAAAGGCCAUCGACCACAACCAAUACGUUUACGACGGUCUUGUCUACCAAUCCAACUACGCAGCAGGUCUUCGCGUGUAUGAUGUCAGUGGCAUUCCUCGGGAUCCUACUGGUGGCAACGUGGAGGAAGUGGCUUACUUUGACAUUUACCCCGAAGAUGACGCGACGGAUGGGCUGGUCGACUUUGUGGGUACUUGGAGUCAUUAUGCUGGGUUUCCUUCUGGGUAUAUCAUGAUUAACACCAUCGAGAGGGGAGUGUUCAUUGUGAAGAUGAACAAGUUCGGCAAGAAAGGGCAUGGCAAGUGGUGGGGUAAGCCUAGAAGGGUUUGA